UAUAUCCCCAAAAUUUUCCGAGAAGAGGGAAAAAAACAGAGAUUCCUCUCCGCCUCCCCUUGUCGUCGAAACCCUAGCCCCGCCUCGCCGCCUCCUGACCGGUGCGCCGCUCGCCUCCCUGACACGACGCCGCCCGCCUCCUAGUCUCCCGCCGCGCCCCCGAUCGAUCGAUCGAUCGGUCGGUCGCCGCCAGAUCCAGAUCGGCGCCAUGUCGAAGGCCAGGGUCUACGCCGACGUCAACGUGCUGCGCCCCAAGGAGUACUGGGACUACGAGGCGCUCACCGUCCAAUGGGGUGAGCAGGACGACUAUGAAGUUGUCAGGAAAGUUGGGAGAGGAAAAUACAGUGAAGUCUUUGAGGGCAUCAAUGUUAACAAUAAUGAUAAAUGCAUUAUUAAGAUCCUCAAGCCUGUGAAGAAAAAGAAGAUCAAAAGAGAGAUAAAAAUACUUCAGAAUCUUUGUGGAGGCCCUAAUAUCGUGAAGCUGCUUGAUAUUGUUAGAGAUCAGCAUUCAAAAACACCCAGCUUGAUCUUUGAAUAUGUUAAUAACACAGAUUUCAAAGUGUUAUACCCAACAUUGACAGAUUAUGAUAUUCGCUAUUACAUCUACGAAUUACUCAAGGCAUUAGAUUACUGCCAUUCACAAGGUAUUAUGCAUCGAGAUGUGAAGCCUCACAAUGUUAUGAUAGAUCAUGAGCUUCGGAAACUCCGGCUGAUAGACUGGGGCCUUGCUGAAUUCUAUCAUCCUGGCAAGGAAUAUAAUGUCCGUGUUGCCUCCAGGUACUUCAAGGGACCUGAGCUUCUUGUUGACUUACAAGAUUAUGACUACUCUUUGGACAUGUGGAGUCUUGGCUGCAUGUUUGCUGGAAUGAUAUUUCGCAAGGAACCGUUUUUCUAUGGCCAUGACAAUCACGAUCAACUUGUUAAGAUCGCCAAGGUACUUGGAACAGAUGGGCUCAAUGCUUAUUUGAACAAGUACAGAAUUGAGCUUGACCCUCAGCUCGAAGCCCUUGUUGGAAGGCAUAGCAGGAAACCCUGGUCAAAGUUUAUUAAUGCAGAUAACCAACAUCUAGUGUCUCCUGAGGCCAUAGAUUUCCUUGACAAGCUUCUGCGCUAUGAUCACCAGGACCGGCUCACUGCACGUGAAGCUAUGGCACAUCCGUACUUCCAACAAGUGAGAGCUGCAGAGAACAGCAGGACGCGCGCGCAAUAGGCAAAGACUACUGCUAACCGCUCGAUCAGUAGCGCUCAGAUGGAGCCGCAGUAUCAGUGACUUGCUUCAGUCACAUGUACGAGACGAAUAGUGGUUGGGUCACAUGAGAAAAGCAAAUGAUAGCGGACGAGUUUGUGGCAUGUCCUUAACGCUUUGAAGGAUUGCGAAUUAUAUGAGCUGUGUGCUUGAGAUGUGAUUGCAAACAUCAUUCAUGUCCUAUUGACUGAUUGUACUAUCACUGAGCUUGUAAAGAGUAUCCAUCCUUGGUUUGGAUUCGAAUUUCUGGGGGACUUUAUGUUUUGUUCAUUACA